GUCCCCGCCCCCCCAUGCACUUUUUUGACAGUCAUGUUUUGGUUUACAGUUAGACCGUGACACAGCAGCUGUCACCCGGCUUUUGGCUAUUGCUUUUUAUAACUAUUACAUAUUACAAAAUGUACAUUACUUUUUAAGUGAAAUAGUCUGUAGUAGCCUAUGUUUAUCUAUAUAGGUAACGUUACCAGUUCCACGAUAAACUUUAUAUUAAAGUUCUGUUUGCUAGCUAGCUAACGUAAGAUAACCAGUCGGCCAACUCUCGGUGGAUGUGAGUCAGCUAGCUAACCCUGUACUAAGUUAGCUCCAUUUGCCAUUUGGAAGUUAUCCCUUUGUGCUAUCAUGGAUCAAACUGACUCUUACCCGGUGAAACUGUACAUUUACGACAUGUCCAAAGGCAUGGCUCGCCAGCUGAGCCCUCUCCUGCUAGGAAGACAGCUUGAUGGGAUAUGGCACACUGCUAUUGUUGUCCAUGAAAAGGAGUUCUUCUUUGUGGGAGAAGGCAUCAACAAUUGUCCACCUGGUGGCACCCCCUUGGGUGAACCUGACUCCAUAGUGGACCUGGGCUCCACUGAAGUGUCUAUGGAAAUAUUUAUGGCAUACCUGAUUUCACUGGCAGAAUCCACAUACAGAAGUGGCACAUACAACUUGUUUGAGCACAACUGCAACACUUUCAGCAAUGAGGUGGCUCAGUUCCUCACAGGCAAUCCCAUCCCAUUGUACAUUACAGACCUUCCAUCUGAAGUACUUUCCACGCCUUUUGGCCAGGCUCUCCGUCCCUUACUGGAUUCCUUCGUCAUAAAUCCUGGAGGCAACAACAUAACUGGACAGCAAUAGAAAGGGCUGUGCACAUUCCUUUAAUAAAAAUACUUUCAUUUAAGGGUUCAGGUAAGCGUGGGACACCAACAUCCGCCACCAGCCUGACCCUGAUCACAUCCGUGCUAAAAGUCCUGUCUGUUCAGAUUCUGCAUAUUCUACACAUCUGAGGUUUUAAUGUGUGCCAGCCACUGAGGCCAGGGGACUAAGGCUGAAUCCAGUCCUUCGUCUUAAAGUAGAUUUCUUCUCUGGGCGAUAAAUAGUAUGCAGCCACAAGUUUGGGUUCAUAAAGUAAGAGUACUUCCCCGUGUUUAACCAAAUAUUUAUAUAUCCUACAGAUCUUACAAUUAUAUUUUAUUGGCUGAAUUCAUUCUUUCCUGCCCUGCUACUCUUUAAAUAUACACAUUCAUGCCUUACCACAGUGUUAUCUUACAUAUUUCGGCCUCACUUAUGCCUCAUUCUCUACUUUUAUGUAUUAACUAAAUAGGGCUUGGUAUUGUUAAAAAGCUUUGAUACCAGUACAGAUACCAAUACCGUGACUUUGAUACCGAUUCUUAAAGAUAAUUAGUCAGUACCAAUUUUAUAAAACAAAAAUAAAUUACAACUUACACAUUAUGGCACAAAUCUUUUAAUUUAUUUUUCAGCCCCUACUACGUGAGCACAGUCUCUGUGUGUAACGUAGAGUUCUCCCUGCAUGUCUCUAUGACGUAUAACGUUAGACAGCGUAUCAGUGUUUUGAUUUUGUUCCUGUGGUUAUUAAUAUGUCAGGACUGCACUCCAAGGGCGAGGCCAGAGUAAGUCAAAUUUAAAAGGAAGGUAACAGCUCUCAGUAAAACAGUUCUCCUGGCCCGUCUUUGUGAUCAACUGUAGAAAAUACAAUUUGACCAAAUCUAAUGGGUUGUCUUUAGUGUACAAGUGUGUAACCUCUGAUAUGCUUCUCUUUCUCCACGAUUUUUUUUAAAUCCCAGACCAAUCACUUGUUUGUUGUUCAGUUGCUUUACCUGAUAAGACUUUAAAUUUGUUCAAUUUGUAAAGACAGCCUUUUACAUAUCCACCAAUUUUACCUGGAAGCACUGAAUAUUGAAGUUUUGUAUAGUUUGUAUUUGAACGACUAUAUAGUAAAUUACAUGUACAGCAGGUGUUGAUGCAAACAGCCACUUACCUGCAUUACUGCGGGACCAUUUAUCUCUCCUUUAAGAAAAACAAGAUAUUUUUGCCAUCAGUGUCUUUAUUGUUAUUUCUAUGGAAUUACUUAUUUUGAAUUUGAAUAUGUAUAUUGUUUAAUCUAUGGCUUUUCCUUCUACUUGAUGAUUCUUAAAGAGUGUCUGCUGUUUGUUAAAAAGUAUUAAAUUGUCUCUAAUCUAAUUUUA